AUGGCGCCAAUCGUAACGUCAUUAAGAGAAAUAGGUACAGCAGGUGCACAAUCUCUAGCUAUCUAUUUGUCAGAGCAGCCAAAAUCCGUGCUUGAAACUAUUCCAAGCUUGAACCCCCCACCAGGAGUCGUAUCGGACUUUCACCAUCGAGAAUCCAGGAGAGGAACCGUCAUAAUAGUUUCUACCUUUUUGUUGGCUCUGGCACUUAUAUGCAUAUGCAUUCGAGUAUGGACAAAAUUGAUGGUUGCUCGUCCAAUUAAAUUGCUUUGGAGUGAUUGUGAGAUCCACUUCCCUCAUUAUAGUCUUGAGAACAGAAGACUAAUUAGAUUUAAGUAACUAUUACUAUUAGCUUUGUAUGUAGUGUUUCUCCAAUGGGUUUCUUGAGAUACUAACAAUAUAGUUCCUCGCUAUUACUGCAUAUGUCCUUACAAUUCUGAGUAAGUCUUUCCAACUCGAUUUCGGUAAUGUAUUAAUCUCUGAAAUAGAUGUUACUCCUGGAGGGACAACUGGUUAUCAUCAAUAUGAUGUUCCGCUAUCUGAAACAUUCACUGAUCGCAACGUAAUUGUAUGUCUUUUUGUAUCUUCCUUCCAUUCAAAUACAUCUAUUUAUGUCACACUUCGAUUGGGCCCUACUGACUCAAAUCUAGCCAUUAUGUUUAACAUAUAUAAUCGGUCCUACAACUAUUGGGCUCGUCAAGCUCACUCUCUUCAUCACUUACGUAGAGAUUUUCUUCACCGAAUCUUGGGUCAAAAUAACUUGCACCAUUGGUGCAAUAAUAUCUUCGGCUUUUUAUAGUAUACAUCUUAUCCUUGCAUUGGCCUGGGUUAUUCCAAGCAAUGGAACACCAUGGAGACACCAAAUUCUUUCAACUUCUACUCUUCGCAUGCAAUCUUUAAGUCUACCUCGGGGUAUUGUAGGCUUGAUCAUUGAUGUAUAUUUAAUCAUAAUACCUUUAAUUGCUGUCAGCAAAUUACAUCUAACGCCGAAAAAGAAAGCUGGUGUUUCGUUUAUUUUCGCUGCGGGUUUCAUGUAGGUUCUAUUCUACUUGAAAGGAAAACGAGAUAUACUGACGGGGUUUAGUGUUAUUAUUGGAUCAACCCUAAGUGUUGUCUGUCGGUUCAAACUCCGCGAAAGUGACGACGUAUCAUGGAAUCUUGCAGGUGUCUCACUUGUAAGGUAAGUGACUUUAAAAUCCUCUCUUCCUACAUCACUAAUGGCUUAUGACACCACAGUCUCAUCGAAAUAUUUCUCAGCAUCUGCAUCGCUUGUACAACAGAUGUCUCAAAGUUCAUCCUCAUGUACAAAGGCAAAUUCAAGAAUAUGGGCUGCUCAUUAGUAUCCUUGUCUUGCUGCAGAAACAUAGGAAGAAACAAAAACAUCGAAGAAUUGGCCGAGGAAAAAGUAGAUAGCUCGGACGAGGAAAAAAGUAUUCAGUCAAAAGAACGUGAUCAGAAGCCCGAGAAACUCUAUCCCAAUCUAGAUAUCGCAGAAAUACCUCCUGAGCCUUGUUCUGAUAAUUCGCAGCCACCCGAUUCCGUGGAUAGGAAUGAGAAAUUACGAAGAGUAGUUUUGGCGCCGGGGAAUUGGGUACGUGGUUCUCUUAGUAGCUUGAGACUUGCAAAGUAG